CUGCCCUUUCAAUGCUCGUACGGGGAAGUGGAUUACAUAUCAUUUCCUUGGCCAACUUUGAGUAUAUAUAUGUUGCCUUCCAAUUUCCAACAAUUCUUAUCUUCUCGAUAGAUAUAGACAGUUUGUUAAGCUUAAUGCCAGUUCUUGAACCUGAUUAUAUAUAACCAUCACUUGUAAUAUGGAGACGAAGCAAGAAUCCCCUGUUUGCUUGAAGCUUUUGAUAGACGAGAAGAACAACCGAGUCCUGGCUGCAGAAGCAAACUCGGACUUUGUGGAUAUACUCCUCAGCUUCCUCACCAUCCCCAUGGGAACCAUAAUCAGGCUCACCGGCAAAACAGAUGCGGAAAAGGCAGGACCUGUGAAUAUUGGGUGCAUGACCAAGUUGUACCAUGCUUUUGAAAACCUCACCCCAGAAAACUGGAAGACGAAACACUGCAGGACCAUGGUGUUGAACCCCAGAAAUACGCUGGCUUAUUCCUACAGGAAUUUGAAGAUUAAUGUCGAUGAUUCUGGGUCCGAGGUGACGUACACUUGUAACCGCAACAUGUGUAGGAGCAAGUACGAAAAUGUUGCGUGCAAGUGUGGGCAUGGCUCUAGGAUCAAUACCAAAUUCAGACCAACGAUUGCUUUAUCUUUGGCAGAUCGCGAACCUGAGGGUGCGUUUCUCAAGUGGGGGAUGAUGAUGUUCAUUAUCACUGACAAUUUACAAAUCAGACCUUCUUCCCCAGUCGUUCUUGCUCAGGUUCUAUCCGGACUUGGUUUCAGUGAAAUCAACUUAAUCAAGGAGAUGCCUGUACAUGUUAGUAAGCAGCAGGUGAUCCGCUUGCUUGCAUCCUCAAUGGUUUCAAAUUCUCCUUUAUCCGAUGUGUUUCUUGACCCUCCCAUAAGACCAAAUGUAGGAGCUUUUAGCGCAUUUUCGAAAACCCAGAAACCAGUGACAUCCUCAUCAAAUGGUUCUGUCCAGAAACCGGAGGGAAAUGCUCAGAAGUUGAAUCUGAAUUUGACGUUGAACAAGUCUACUAAAAAGAUAUUGUUUGCAGAAGCCACUAAAGACUUCUUUGAUUUCCUGUGUACCUUUAUGACCACCCCUGUUGGAUCAAUGGUGUUUCUUUUAAAAGGGAAUUCUGGGUUAGGCUGCAUGGAUGACUUGUACAAAAGUAUGAUCGAGUUGGAUAUCGAAUGGUUUAAUUCAGUUGCGUUGAAGGCGACCUUAAUUUGCCCCAAAGUUGCAAAGCACCAUAACUGUAAGAAACAGCCUCUAAAUUUGGAGGAAGAAUGUCCAUGGGAUAGUCUGAUUGACCCCAGGCAGAGUGAUAGCUUCUCCAAAGAACCUUUAAAGUUCAUAAUUUUAGAUGAUUUGGAAGUGAAGCCUCUGUCUUCUGCAUCAAGCUUUAGCAUUCUGAAGGAACUCAAAGUCCCCAUCACUGAGAUUGAGCAGCAAGCACUCACGGUUAGCAUGGAAGAGGUAAUUUUGGCAUACUCCCAUUCCCUACCCUAAGGGCCCGUUUGGAUGGAGUGUUUGGGAGUGUUAGUAAUGGAAGUGUUAGUAAGUGUUAGUAAGGGCUCGGAAGGGAAGGGAAGUGUAAGUGUUAGACAUAAUUUUACCUUGUUUGGGAGAGUCAAAUGAAUGAAGUGUUAAUAAUGGAAGUGUUAAAGAAAGAAUAAAGAAAGAGUAAAGAGAAGAGAUGAAAAAACAAACCAUCAGACCCGUGGGAAAGACAUUCGAAGUGGAAUGUCGAAACAUUUUAUGUUUUUCGGGCAAAUGAGAAGGGUAAUAAUUGUCCAACACCUCAAAACACUCCAAAUCGGGGUGUUAAGAAAAUAGACAAUUGAGGUGUUGGGAAGGUUAUUAUUAACACUUCCUAACCAUUACUAACACUUCUUAACACCUCUGAUUUUUUCUCCCAAACAAGUGUUAGCAUCAACACUUACCAACACUUCCAUUACUAACACUCCUCAACACUCAAUCCAAACAGGCCGUAAAGCUUAGUUAUGCUACAUUUAACUUUUUGGUCAGUGUCGAAUAAACAACAUUGGCACAAAAUCACUAUAUAAUUGCAACACUUUUAUUUUAACUGCAACACUUUUAUUUUAACGUUUAUUAAGAAACGGUUUUCCCCAUAUAUGUAGUACGUGGUACAAAGUAUUUUAUUGAAUAAUAAUGAAAAUUAUAAAACACGUGUUUAGAAUAUCAGUCUAAGACAAAUUUAUAAUAUAUUUUUUUAUAAAAAAAUUAUUUGGUACAUGAAUAAAUAAAAAGAAAUUAAAUUAGUGUGUGGAUGGUGUAGCAAAAGUCAAAGUACUAUAGGAAGAUAAUGUAAAACUCAAACUACUUUUCAAUUAUUGAAGAAAAGAAAAGGUAUGAGUGAUGCCAUGCAUUGAGAUUGUCAGAUUACCUAAUUAAAACAUAUUCAUAUUUCUCUAUUCUUUAAAAGGUAAAACACUUUUAUUUUUACAUUAUUUUCACUCUACUUUGAUUUUUUCAUAAGUUACAAACUCCAUUUUGACUCGUUUUUUAUUUAUUGCUGUACUAAAAAACUGUUCUAUAUAAUAAAAUAGAUAAUAAAACUUAUUUCGGAUUGAAAUUUAUUUAUUUUUAAUCAAUGUUUACUGAUGGUCAAUGAGGAAAUUAAAUUUUCAAAUUAAAAGUGUUGUAAUCACAUAGAUCAAAUGUAAUACGAAGUAUUGUUUGUCACAAAUGGGUUUUUAAAAAAUGUUCACUACAUCCUCCUAGAAGUUUAGAUUAUUUCAACUUAUGUUUUUCUAUUUUAAAUGAGUUUUUUUUAAAAUGUUAUUGAAAUAAAACUUAUAUAUUUAGAAAAGUAUGACUAGAGUUAAAGUUACUAUGAGUAUAUUGUCAAGGUCUAAUUGGAUGUAAGUUAUUAUGACUAAGUUACCAGUGGCGGACACACAUGGGGGCUAUGGGGGGCUGCCGCCCCUUCGCUGAAAAAAAAUUAUAGGUAUAUUUAUCUCGAAAUUUUUAAUGUAUAUGUAUUUGUAUGUAUAUUCUUGUACUGUCGCCCCUACUAUCGGCAAAUCCUGCUUCCGCCGCUGUAAGUUACUACAAUAAUCAUUAUGCUCAAGAUAAUGCUGCCCAGUACAUAUAUACAGAGUAUAAUAAAUGAAUUUGAUUCAGUAGGGAGUUCCACCAAGGAGGAUUUGUAUCGGCAAAGAAUUGGAUUUUAAUAACAAUUUGCGCAGGUAUUUUAAUUCGCAAAUUAUAUCGUGCAACCGGCGCACCAUGAGGAUGGUGCGCCCGGUUGCAAAACAACGGAGUAUUUGAGGCCUGGUUUCUUGUUUUUUUAUUCUUUUGUUUUUAAAAAAUGGUAAUAACUUUUUUAUUUUUGAUCCGAUUUUUAUAAAAUUUAUAUCAACAUUUUUUAUUUUUCAUGAUCUUUCAAACGAGACCAAUAUUGCUUAUGUAACUUUAAGAAAUUAUCGAACUAUUAUAUUAAUGUGUAUUGGAUUAUAAAGAAAACCAAACUAAAUUUAAUACAGAAAAAUAAUUGUGUAAAUCACAAAUUAUCUUAAAAUUGUGUAUAUAAAAAAUUUAUUGUAUAAGGUAUUUAUACAUGUGAUCGAGUUACAUAUUUUUAUAUGUGAAGUUACAUAUUUUUACACGUAAAGUUACAUAUUUCUACACGCGAGUUACAUAUAUAUACACACGAGUUGCAUUUGACUUGCCUGAACGCGAGUUACAUAUAUUUACACGUAGAGUUACAUAUUUUUACACGUAAAGUUACAUAUUUAUACACGCAAGUUACAUAUUUAUACACACGAGUUGCAUUUGACCUGUCUGAACGCGAGUUACAUAUUUUUUUAAGUAAAGUUACAUAUUUUUACACGUAGAGUUACAUAUUUAUACACACGAGUUGCAUUUGGCCUGACUAGACGUGAGUUACAUAUUUCUACACGCAAAAUUACAUAUUUUACAUAGGUUAAAUUUACAUAGGCAAUAUUGGUCUCAUUUGAAAGAUCAUGAAAAAUAAAAAAUGUUGGUAUAAAUUUUAUAAAAAUCGGAUAAAAAAUAAAAAGGUUAUUACCAUUUUUUUAAAAAAAG